AUGAAACUCCUCACUCUCUUCCUUGCCCUCUUCCUCGCCCUCACUUCCACCGCCAAAUUCACUACGCGCCACAAGCCCAAAUGGGCCGAUCCCAAUAACUGGAUUCGCACCACCCUCACGACUCGUGUCACUAAAACAAUGCCUGCUACCAUGACAGCUGCGGACAUCAAAGAUCCUCGUUGCAAAAAAGACGCCGACUGUGCGCCGGGCACGUGUCUCAAAGGCAUCUGCAUAGAUGGUGCUGGGGGUUCGAACCCCAAACAUACCGACUUUAUGUUCAGUGUCGACGACCUCGACAAGAUUGGAAUGGGACAACCGUCGCGUCGUGACCAGCAUGGUGCUGGCAAGAAGUGCAAAACUAACAACGAUUGCGCGAAGGAUAAGAAAUGUGGUAAGCAUGGCCAUUGCGUCUCUAAGAAGCAUCAUAUUGGCCGGGAUGAACAGGAGCAUGAGCCGGUAAAAACGUUGGCGCCCGGGGAAGAGGAAGUGAUUGUGAAAGACCUGGGCGAUGAGUUUGGUGAGGAUGAUGAGGUUACUGAGGAUGAACAUGCCAAGGAGAAGAGGGCGUAUCACAUCUCCCCCUAUGAGCUUCCCGGAGAUGCUUAUGAUGGGGGCAAGAAGAAGGAAUGCGCCAAUUCCAAUGCCUAA